AUGACUAAAGAAGUUAAAUUAAACUCAGACCCCAAUAUACUCCGCAUUUUCGUAAUAAGGCAUGGUCAAACUGAUCAUAAUGUGCAAAAGAUCUUGCAAGGUCAUCUAGAUAUAGACAUCAAUAAAACAGGACUUAAUCAAUCGCAACUAGUCGGAGAAGCCUUAAAAGGUAUAAAGUUUGAUGGUUUUACAACUUCUGAUUUAAUAAGAUGCCAAAACACAAGCAAGGAAAUACUUAAAUAUCAUGGUGACAUAGAAGUUAGAAAAUCAUCAAAUUUAAGAGAAAGAGAAAUGGGGAUUGUGCAAGGGAUGUACCUUAAAGAUGCGCUUGCAAAGUAUGGUGAAAAUUUUAGGAACAUGGGUGAGUCUAAAGAAGAUUUAUUAAUGAGGGUUGACGGCGAGUGGAAUCGCAUUGUGAAGCUUAGUGAAACUAAGGGUUAUUCAAAUUAUGGAAUCUGCACUCAUGGAGGAGUCAUAACUGCCUUCAUCAACUAUCUUUAUGACAUAAAAGAGUAUGGCUUAAGUACAUCCUUAAGACCUAAGGAUUUGAAAGUUCCAUUCAAUACAUCGGUUUCGGUAAUCGAUAUUAACAAACAAGAUGGUAGAGGUACCAUUCAUAUAUUUGGUAACACCGAUCAUUUGGGUGCACAAUUAGAAGUAAAAGAACAAUUAUUGAGGUAG